AUGUCAAUUCCAGAAACAAUACUUUUUUUCCUGCUUUCUUUUAUAAUGAAGCCAUUUUCAUAAUUAUCAAAUCUAGCAUAUUAUUAUUUCCUAAAGAUAAUAGGAUUUUAUAGAGAAAUAUCUGGAACCUAACAUUAAUUAUCACUUAUUUUGGGAAUAAAUUAUUCUAAUUCAUUAUUUUAGAAGUUAUUGGAUUCAAGAACUACUAUCAAAUAACAUCAAUUUUAAUCUCAUAGAUUAAGGAAUUAAUAAUCAAAAAAUAAUUUUUAUGUAGUUUCAUGCCCUUUCUUAACUAUGACAGAAUCUAUUGAUGAGAGAGAAAAAUGUAUUAAAUUGUAUUAAUAAUUUUUUAAAAGAGAAGAGCUUCUUAAAAGCCAAAUUAAAUGUUUAUUAGUGGCUAUUGAUUAUGAAAGGAAUGAUUUAAUGAAAAAUAAUUUAUUUGCUCUUGUUAAAUGGUUUUAGAAAAAUAAAGAUUUGAUAGUAAUCUUAGUAACUUCAUUUGAAAAAGCAGAAGAUAAAACAUAGAGUAGGUAAGAACUAUUAAAUGUUUUCUCUGUAUUAAUAAAAGAUGAUGAAAACAGAUUAAUUUUAGUAAGCUCAGAUGACGAUUCAAAUGAAUUAAAUUCAUAAUUCCUCAAAGUAGCCAAACAUAUAAACAAAAAUGAAGAGUUUACCCCAAAAGACACAAUAUUUGAGAUUAUUGAAGAUGAUGAAUUAAAUAAAUUGUCGAAAGAAUUUGAAUUAAAAAUAUUAAGUUCAAACAGAUGA